GCACAUCCGGCAGCCGGACCUGAGCAGCAUCGCCGUGCCGCCGGACCACCGCAAGUUCCAGGGCUACUACAAGAUCGCCCGGCACUACCGCUGGGCGCUGGGCCAGGUCUUCCGCCGGUUCCAGUUCCCGGCCGCCGUGGUGGUGGAGGACGACCUGGAGGUGGCCCCCGACUUCUUCGAGUACUUCCAGGCCACCUACCCGCUGCUGCGCGCCGACCCCUCCCUCUGGUGCGUGUCCGCCUGGAAUGACAACGGCAAGGAGCAGAUGGUGGACGCCAGCCGGCCGGAGCUGCUGUACCGCACGGACUUCUUCCCCGGCCUGGGCUGGCUGCUGCUGGCCGAGCUCUGGGCCGAGCUGGAGCCCAAGUGGCCCAAGGCCUUCUGGGACGACUGGAUGCGCCGGCCCGAGCAGCGGCGGGGGCGGGCCUGUGUGCGCCCCGAGAUCUCGCGGACCAUGACCUUCGGCCGCAAGGGCGUGAGCCACGGGCAGUUCUUCGACCAGCACCUCAAGUUCAUCAAGCUGAACCAGCAGUUCGUGCCCUUCACCCAGCUGGACCUCUCCUACCUGCGGCGGGAGGCCUACGACCGGGACUUCCUGGCCCGCGUCUACGGCGCGCCGCAGCUGCAGGUGGAGAAAGUGCGGGCCAACGACCGCAAGGAGCUGGGGGAGGUGCGGGUGCAGUACACGGGCAGGGACAGCUUCAAGGCCUUCGCCAAGGCCCUGGGCGUCAUGGACGACCUCAAGUCGGGCGUUCCCAGGGCCGGCUACCGGGGCGUCGUCACCUUCCAGUUCCGGGGCCGCCGGGUCCACCUGGCGCCCCCGCAGACCUGGGACGGCUACGAUCCCAGCUGGAACUAGCCCCGCCUGUGGCUCCUGGGCCCUCCAGCUGCGGCUGAGCCGA